AUGGCGCCGCUGUUGCUGGCGCUCUUCUUCAGGUACCACUACGGCGUCGAGGUCAGGAUGGUGCUCGACUUCGUGGAUCUUCAACGGCCCCUGUUGCAGUCCAAGGAUAUCGAAUUUGCACAGCGGACAGUCAUGAUGGCCCCGUUCAACCCACAGAUUCAAGCAUUUGGCGUGAAACACGUGGCCGCAAUGUAG